AUGUCGACGUCCACAAAGUCUUCCAAGUUCAAUCAUUUGCCCCGAGCAGCUUCGGGACCGCUGGAAUGUCCGUAUGAGGGGAUGAGUGUCAUACAUAAUCCCACCUUCAAUAAGGGCUCUGCCUUUACUGAAGAGGAGCGAAAGAAUUUCAAGCUGCACGGCUUAGUGCCCCCGAAUACGCAGACGCUUGAGGAACAAGUCCACCGUGCAUAUGAACAGUAUAGUAGCCGAGCGGAUGACCUAGCAAAGAACACUUUUAUGGCUAGCAUGAAGAUGCAAAAUGAAGUCUUGUAUUUCAAAUUGCUACAAACUCAUCUGAAAGAGAUGUUCAGCGUCAUCUACACUCCAACCGAAGGAGACGCCAUUCAAAACUACUCGCGUUUGUUCAGGAGGCCGGAAGGCUGCUUCCUAAAUAUCAAUGACCAGGACGCGAUUGAAGAGUGCUUGUCCAAUUUCGGUCGCGGUGAGGAUGUUGAUUACAUCGUCGUCAGCGACGGCGAAGAGAUUCUCGGAAUUGGCGACCAAGGUGUUGGUGCUAUCCUGAUAUCCGUCGCCAAGUUGGUAAUCACAACUAUUUGCGCGGGAAUCCACCCAAGCCGGCAGCUUCCAGUAGUUCUGGACUGCGGUACAGAUAAUCAAAAAUUGCUUGACGAUGAGCUUUACCUCGGCCUUCGACAACCCCGAGCUAGAGGAAAGGAGUAUGAUCAAUUUGUGAAUAAAUUCGUCAACACUGCUAGAAAGCUUUUCCCCAAAGCAUACAUCCACUUUGAAGACUUUGGCCUUCAUAAUGCCAAAAGACUUCUCGAUGAAUUUCGACCACAUAUGGCCUGCUUCAACGAUGAUAUCCAAGGAACCGGGUGUGUCACCCUGGCAGCAUUAAUGGCCGCUUUGCACGUCAGUGAUGUCAAAUUGCAGGACGUGCGCAUCGUCAUCUUUGGUUCCGGUUCUGCUGGGACUGGUAUUGCACAGCAAAUUGCUGAUACAAUUGUGACGGAGACCCAUAAAUCAAAGGACGAAGCAGCAAAGCAAAUCUGGUGUUUGGACAAGCCAGGAUUGCUAGUAAAGUCCUUAGGUGACCAAUUGACGCCGGCACAAAAACCUUUUGCGCGCAGCGAUAAUGAGUGGUCUGACGGGGAGAGAGAUCUGCUAUCUGUAGUGAAAAGAGUCAAACCCCAUGCGCUGAUUGGGACAUCGACAAAGCCAAACGCUUUCACAGAACAGAUAAUCCGAGAAAUGGCCAAGCAUGUCCACAGUCCAAUCGUAUUUCCAUUGAGUAAUCCUACUCGGCUGCAUGAGGCACAGCCCAAGGAUCUCAACGAGUGGACGGAUGGUCGAGCAUUGAUAGCGACUGGGAGUCCCUUCCCACCAGUUGAUCGCAACGGGGCAAAGUAUGAGAUUGCGGAGUGCAAUAAUUCAACCUGUUUCCCCGGAAUUGGCCUUGGAGCCGUCUUGUCUCGGGCACGCGUCCUGUCAGACAAGAUGCUGGUCGCUGCGGCCAAAGCGCUAGCAGCUCGAUCACCUGCGCUUCAAGAUCCCAACAAGCCUCUCCUACCCGAUGUGGAGGAGGUCAGGGAAAUCAGUGUCGAUAUUGCCAAGGCGGUGAUUAAGACAGCAGUGGCAGAAGAGCAUGCCCAGGAAGAAGGGAUUCCCACGGACGAUGACGACCUGGAGGAGUGGAUUCGUGUACAGAUGUGGGACCCUGUCUACCGUCCUCUCUCAAAGCCGAAGCAGGAGUGA